AAGAUGAGAGCUUUGACUCUCUUGUACGAGCAGCAAAAGAGAGCGUCUUUUUCUCUCCGGAACCCUAAUCAUAACCAUUCUCCCAAACCUGAAGAUCUCAGAUUCAAGGCUCAGCUGCUUGAUUCUUGCAAGAAAGGAGACGACUUUCAUCGCCAAGACGGUAAAGAUUCUAAUUUUGUUGAAGAAGAUACCAAAGAGAACAAUGUAGCCGAAGCAGAUCGGAUUUUUGGGGUUAACUCGGUUCCUGUUAAGCCUAGUGCUGUGAUUAGGAAGCUGUCUAUGGGUAAUGGAGCUAGAAACGUUACGGAAGCUGACAAAAUUGAGAGUCUUGAUGCUUCUGUGAGUCGG